UCCUGCCGACACGCUGCUUAUAUACAGGAAAGGUGGACGUGACUGAGGACGCACGCCCCCAGUAGUUACAUAAGUAUAUUUUAUGAAACGCGCCAUCUAUCCAUCCGGACAAGGAUUACCGUGGCACAGCAACAUCCAGCGGAUUACAAGGAAAGCUGGCCAUCUUCCACUCCUGCUGCAGUAAAAACAUUGCAGAAAAACACAUCCAGCCCAACUACAUCACCAACAUGGACGACAUGCUGCUCACUUUCGACAUCCCGGUGAACCACACUGUAGAGGAGAGAAGGUAGCGAUACACACAACGGGACAUGAGAAGUCGGCUUUUACUGUUGUGCUUGGUUGCCAUAGUAAUGGACGGAAACUGCCAUCUGUGGUGAUUUUUAAGAGGAAGACGUUGCCUAAAGAAAAGUUUCCAGCCGGACCAAUCAAAGGGGCUGGAAGGACGAGGAGAAAAUGGCUGAGUGACUGAGUGACAUGUACGGAAAGAGACCGGAUGUUUUUUUCACACGUGUCACCGUCCUUGUUGAUCUGACUCCAUGCGCGCCCAAUUCACAGCCGCUGUGAAAAACCAAGUGCAGCAAAUUAACUCGGAGCUUGCCAUCAUUCCAGGAGGCUUGACGAAGGAACUCCAACCGCUGGACAUCAGUGUAAACACGCCGUUUAAAGUGAAUUUGCUAGCGGCGUGGGAGCGAUGGAUGACAGCUAGCAAACAAAGCUUCACUAAGACUCGGAGGCAGUGCUUCUGAUGCAGUGUUGUUCGAGCUUUCACAAAAACCGGCAUCAUUUCUGAAGUGCCGCACGGCAACAAGACCGACUCUGACUGACAAUGACGAGAGGGAACCUGGCGUGUUUGAUGGAGAACUUGCCCCACUAUUUAUUUGGGAUACAGAAGAUGAGGACUUUAAUGGAUUUGUGGAUGAGGAUUGAUCAAAAAUAACGAAUAAACUCCUGUUCCAAAGCCAUCUCUGUGUCCCUCCAUCGUACACCAGAACACAACGCAGUAUAGCCGGGACCUGUGGAUACACUGGGAGCCCGGCUACAUUGGUGCCGUGACCGGGAUUUCUUCUCUUCAGAUCAUCGUCAGCGUGAUCACCGGUGGUUGCUGGAACAAGUACAGUAGGGACACUGUAAAGAUUUUGACGCUGGAGGAAAAAAAGUAUAUAUAGAUUACACACUGAAGCCACUGAGGACUGUUGAUAUAUUUUUUUUUCAUGAACCUGAAUUUAGCAAAUUUGUUUGUGUGUAUGUAAAAUAAGUUUCAUUUGCCUUUCUAUAUUGUCACUGGAUGAAAGUGAACACAUUGGCUACAAUGGCAGACAGUGAGGCUGGUAAGGGAUUGCUUACCUAUGAUGACAGUGUUCAUGCAAGUCUUGGGCGAGGUCGGGGUUUGGGAGGUUAUGCAACUCCACUUAAGGGUGUUAGUGUGGUGGGUCACCCAGUUUUAUCUUCCACUCACGCGAACCAUGAAAGCCUCACACCAAGACAGCAUGAACCUAAGUCUGUCACUAGUUUUACAGGCAUGGGGAGGGGAACUGGAGUGGUUGGUCUCAGUACACCAUGUUUAACCCACAUGCACGCUGAUGCAUCUCCUCCCAGGCAGCAAUGGUUUGAUGGAAGCAGCCACUCCCCAGACAUAGGAAGCCUUAUAACACAGUUAGCCCACCAAAUUGGUGAGAACAUUGCUAAUCAGAUACAGAAGACUGCAGGUAGUCAGAAUGACAAAAGUACUCCCACAUCUAGUGUAAAUAUAGCAGAGGCCCAUCUUGAGUUAAAUAUCUGGAAUGAAGUUUGUGAUGCAAGCUGAUGUCAAAGAGCCACCACAUUUCAGGGGUGAUGGAACUGAUAAGCACACAAUACAUGAAUGGGAAGAAAUUAUGGAUGUCUAUUUGAGGAAAAGGGGCAUUCCAACACAUGAACACUCACAAGAGGUAACGUCGAAACUGAUGGGAAAGGCUCGAGAUGUUGUAAAGGUCACACUCCGCAGUAUCCCUUCUUUAAAGCCUGCUGAAGACCCCAAGCUUGUUUUUGAUAUUCUUAAGCAGCAUUUCAGUGAGGUAACAUAUUCGACAAUGCCCCUUGCAGAUUUUUACAACACAUUACCUCUGGCAGGAGAAGGUCCAAUGGCUUAUUGGAUCCGCCUGAACAAAGCAGUGGAUGUGGCUGAUGAGUGUCUAAGGAGACAGGGAAUAUUGAGGACCCUGCUCAUGAAGUCACCAUGAUGUUUGUAAAACACUGUCCUGACACUGCACUCUCAAGUGUUCUCAAGUGUAGAACAGCAGAGAAGUGGACAUCACAUGAGAUACAGGAACACCUCAUAGAACAGGGGUCGGGAACCUUUUUGGCUAAGAGAGCCAUGAAAGCCACAUAUUUUAAAAUGUAUUUCCGUGAGAGCCAUAUCAUAUUUUUUAACACCGAAUACAACCAAAUGUGUGUAUACAGUAUUUAAGGAAUACUAGCAAUUUUAGAAUAUCAGUCUCUGAAUGUAUUCUUUGUAAUAAUGUUGUUAUAUUGAAGCUAACCAAUAAUAAAUAACUUUUUACCAUUAAUGCAACUUCUGGUGCUGCAUGGUUUUGUGACCUACUCCGUAUCUUUCUUUCUUUUCCUUUUUCAUCAAAAGGGUUGUCUCUUCACAAUUAGCUAGCUGACUAUUUGAUUAAAGAAGGUUUGAUUAAAGGAGGGACAACCCCAAUAAUAAUCAAGUUUUGGUGUCUGACACGGAAAACAUGGGAAGGACAGCUGGCAUUGCGCUAGAAAAAAAAAUGGAUGGGUUAAAAUGCAUUACAAUGCAUAUUUUGAAUUUUGUAAUGUUUCUGUUUCUGUAAUGUUUUACUUUAAAAUGUCAGGAAAACAAAUUAAAAUAAACACAUUUUAUGGUGUUAAGAAAUGUCUGAGAGCCAGAUGCAGUCAUCAAAAGAGCCACAACUGGCUCCCGAGCCAUAGGUUCCCUACCCCUGUCAUAGAACAUCAGAGAGAGGCCAAAACAAAGACCCAAGGUAAAAUGCGUCGCCCAUCACCGCACAGGCAGGUAGGGGCCCAUGCUCAGAUUUCAACCCCGCAAGGUGUAACUGUCGAAAAGGUGAGGGAGUUCACUGUUGAACAGAAUGCGACAGGGCUGUCGUCCACUUCUCCAGCAGAGAAUACUUGCAUUCAGUCGCUCAUCGGCUUGCUGGACCGUGUGUUGGAGCAGAAAGUCCAUGCAGUAGUGGCCACAGAACCUAGAAGGGAACAAGCACGUGUCUUUCAAAGGAUUUGUAAAGUCUGCCAGGCCAUUGAUCAUUCCACCACAAUGCAUUGCAGGCAGGAAAACCUUUGCAUGGGCUGUUUCAGACCAGGUCACUGGAAGCGAGAAUUCCGACAGCGUAGGUCAAGACAGAACGGCCGACCCAAUCUGACUCAGUCUCAACCCAGAGAUGUACAGGGUGUGUCAUCUUUAAACCAGAUGGCUCACAUAUAGAGAGGGGACGUGUGAGCGCCAAAGAAACAACCCUCAAAUGUGUUGAAGAUUUGAAGGAAGUGUAUGCCAAUGUAUGUAAAGUGAUACCAAAUGAUUGCAGUCAUAGUUCAAAACAUCCACAGAGUUGACCCGUAUGGCGAGUUAUUUCAUGCUGCAGUGACAAUCAAUGGUUCUGUUCAGUUGCGAGGACUGCUUGAUUCUGGAUCAAUGGCUUGCACAAUAAGUGAAGUGGCAGAACAGAAACUUGUAUCAGAGAACAUCCUGACGCAACAGCAAGAAAUGACACAGCGUGUUAUCCUUGUCGGCUGUGGGGGAGUACAGGUGACUCAAAAGGGCAUGUAUGACUUGGAAGUGGAAUUGUAUGGAGUUAAGUGCAUGGUUCCAGUCCUGGUAGUUGCCGGACAGGAAGAUGAGAUCAUCAUAGGCACUAACAUGUUGAAGUAUGUAGUCCAUCAAAUGAAGAACGAUGACAGGAGUCUGCAGAGUGUGAGCAGUUUCUGAAGAUGAUGGGUAACCUGACAAGGUGGAGAGGGACUGAUGUACCAGAUAAAGUGGGCACAGUUAAGUUGACUCAGGCAGUAACACUACUGCCUAAACAGGAAUACUUGUUGUGGGGCCGGUUGCCCAGUAAUGUCCUGAUGUCACCUGGUAGCACGGUGGUGGUGGAACACACAACUGGUAAGUGUGUCCCGCGAGGCAUUGUUAUUGGCAGAGUGGUCACACCUUUGUGGGGAGAUGGUUGGACUCCCAUGAAAGUGACCAAUAUCACUGAAAAACCCGUCACUUUGAAAAGAAACUGUAAGCUAGCAGAUUUUUCUCCAUGCAUUGCCGCUGAAGACUUCACACAGUUUCAAGGCUCUUGUCAGGGAAAGAAGGACACAGAUGAAGUAAAGCAUGAUCAAAACAACAUAAGUACUGCUACUACUGACCCAAAACAGAAGUUGAAGAACCUUGGCUUGGGACAUGUUGAUAUUGAUAGUUGCCAGGUGAGCCACUCUACUAAAACUCAACUGCUGGAAAUGCUGGAGCGAUAUGAGGAUGUUUUCCCCUGGAUUGUGGUGAAGCCAAGGGCUUUGUGCACAGAAUUCGACUCACAGACGACCGUCCUUUCCGCCUCCCAUACCGCAGAGUCCCUCCAGCUCAUUAUCAAAAACUGCGCCAAGUCCUCACUGAGAUGGAAGAGCAGGGAAUCAUUCGAAAAUCACUGAGUGAAUUUGCCUCCCCUCUAGUGAUGGUGUGGAAAAAGAAUGGCGACCUCCGAAUUUGCACAGAUUUUCGAUGGCUGAAUGCAAGGACCAUUAAAUUAAGUAAAUUUCCCCGCUGUGGGAUAAAUAAAGUACAUACAAUUAAGGAUGCUCACCCUCUGCCACAUCAGGCUGACUGUUUGGCUGCCCUUGGUGGGAACUCUGUCUUCAGCACUAUGGAUUUAACAUCAGGGUUUUAUAACCUGCCCAUGCACAAGGAAGACAAGAAGUAUACCGCCUUCACAACACCACUGGGCUUGCAUGAAUAUAACAGGAUGCCGCAAGGCCUUUGUAAUAGUCCUGCAUCCUUUAUGAGAAUGAUGCUGAGCAUUUUUGGGGACUUCAACUUCAGCAGUUUGCUAUGUUAUCUUGAUGAUCUGUUAGUCUUUGCCCCAUCGGAACAAGAAGCACUCCUGAGGCUGGAGAUCGUCUUCCAGAGAUUAAGAGAGCACAACCUUAAGUUGAGCCCAAAAAAAUGUCACCUGCUCCGAAGGUCUGUGAAAUUCCUUGGCCACGUCAUUGAUGGAGAUGGAGUCGCUGUUGACCCUGAUAAAGUGGAAGUCAUUGUCAAAAUGGCAAAGAAAGAGUUGAUGGAAGAUGAUGGCUGCACACCUUCAAUUCGAAGAGUAAAGUCAUUUCUAGGGAUGGUAUUUUACUACCAACACUUCAUACCAAACUGCUCUUCAAUUGCAAAGCCUCUGUUUGCUCUCACCGCAGGUCAAAAACGGAGGGGAAAGGUUGGUAAAAUAAAUGGAAAGUCAGGAGUCUUCAGAAAGCUUAAACCGACUGACUGGACUGAUGAUUGCAACUCUGCUUUUGUCAGUCUCAAAGAGAAGCUUUUGAACUGUGUAGUCCUCACUCACCCAGACUUCACUAAACCGCUGAUCCUGUCCAUCGAUGCCUCGCUCGAUGGUCUUGGGGCAGUUUUGUCUCAGAUACCGGAGGGAGAGACCAAGGCUCGUCCAAUAGCCUUUGCAAGCAAGACCCUCACUGGCUCACAAAAGAGGUACCCUGCCCACCGCUUAGAAUUUUUAGCAUUGAAGUGGAGUGUUUGUGAAAAAUUCGGCCAUUGGUUGAAGGGUCACUGUUUUACAGUAUGGACUGAUAAUAACCCUGACAUACAUAAUGCCGAAACCGAAACUCGAUGCGUGCGAACAACGGUGGGUGGCCAAGUUGUCCCCAUACACCUUUAGUAUCAAGUAUAUCCCCGGAACAAAGAAUAUCGUGGCAGAUGCUUUAAGUAGAGAUCCAUUUACCCGGUCAGUGAGUCAAAGGCUGAUCAGUGAGCCAUAUGAGAACCUCUUGGCAGAGGCUAAUGGGACAAAGAAAGGAGGAGUGCAGGAUGUUUUUCGGUGCAAAGUUCAGUGUCUUCAGACAGAUAAUUCUGGUCUUGUCACCCUGGGUGUCACUUCGUCUGAUGUAAAGUCCAUGCUCGAGGCUCACAUUGACUGGGAAAAGGCCGCAGAAACACGGGCCGUUCAGUUUAUCAAGGCUCUUCCCCAGAUGGUGCCCUCAGGACAUGACACACUGUCAGCUCUGUCCUCAGAAGAGCUCAGGCGCAGUCAGGUGACAGAUCCAGACAUCCAGGAGGUCCUGCUAUCUGUGGCGUGUGGAAAACAGCCAUCUAGGAGGGAGAGAAGUAGGUUAGCUCCUAAGGCACGAGCACUAUGUAAGCAGUGGCACCAUCUGAAAAUCCAAGAUGGCGUCCUGUAUAGACUCAGAGAUCCAUUGACCAGACACACAAGAUACCAGUUUGUCCUACCUGCUAUUUGGAAGACCAAGGCUCUCUCUGGUGUGCAUGACCUUGCAGGUCAUCAAGGGCAAGCCAGGACCCUACACCUCGCCAGACAACGUUUUUUCUGGCCGCAAAUCGAAAGAGACAUUAAAGAAUAUGUGAAAUGCUGCCAGCGAUGUAUUCUCGCUAAAACCCCUGAACCAGCUGCACGGGUUCCUUUGGAGAGCAUCCACACUUCCGCACCCAUGGAGUUGGUGUGCAUAGAUUUUUGGAGCGCUGAGGACAGCAAACAGAGGUCAGUGGAUGUUCUGGUAGUAACGGACCACUUUACUAAGAGGCCCAUGCUUUCCCCUGUGUAAAUCAGACGGCAAAACAAGUUGCAAAGAAGUUGUGGGAUAAUGUGUUUUGCAUAUAUGGUUUUCCCGAGCGGAUCCAUUCUGAUCAGGGAGCCAAUUUUGAAAGCAAUCUCAUAUCAGAACUUUUCAAUCUCACAGGGGUGGCAAAGUCACAUACAACAGAAUAUCACCCCAUGGGAAACAGACAAACAGAGGUUCAAUAGAACGCUUGGCAGCAUGAUACGUUGCUUGCCAUUAGCAGCCAAACAGCAUUGGGUACAGCAGAUACAAACCUUGACUUUUGCUUACAAUGCCACAGUGCAUGAAACAACUGGAUAUGCUCCAUUUUAUUUGAUGUUUGGUCGAGUUCCGAGACUCCCAGUCGACAUGGUCUUCAAGCAGGUCUUGAAGGAUGCCAAUGUGGUUGACAGCAGAUCUUAUGCCAGCAAACUUAUGACAAAUCUUCAUGAAGCUGCUGCUAUUGCCCAGAGACAUGCACGAAAAGAGCAGCUACAUCAAGCUGAUGGUUACAACAAAAGGGUCCGGGGCACUUGUCUGCAUGUUGGAGAUAGAGUCUUGCUUGCCAACAAAGCAGAAAGGGGGAAAAAGAAGUUGGCUGAUAAGUGGGAACCAACAAUUUAUACAAUCAUUGAUUGCAAUCCCCAAACCCAUAUCUACAGAAUCGAAGAUGUGACUGGGAAGACCAAAGUUGUGCAUCGGAAGUUGAUACUGGACGUGAGCUUUUUACCAUUCCCUAACCAGACCAGUGCAGAAGCUGAGUCAGUUGCCUCAGAUGGGAACGGUGGGUCUCCGUAUAGGCCACCCAGCACUUUGAAUGGUCUGGCAGAAAAGAACUCUGUGGAUAGGACUCGAUCAUGGCUGCGUUUGUCAUUCAAUGCUGACAGUGAGUCACUAGAACAGGAAAUGGAGUCAGAACAAGAGAAUGACAUGUCAUGUUUCCCAAUCAGAGACGCUGGUCACAUGAUGUGCGAAGACUCCCAGACCGACUCUGUAGUUGACGGGAGCAUGGGACAAAGUGAGAAGGUCUCAUCGUUGAAAGACUCACCCAGUCCUAGUGGGUUUUCGGAGUCACAGGUAGUCAUUGACUAUAAGGGCCCCUUGACAGGAGUCCCUAACAUGAGAGAGACAGGGUCUUGUGACAUCUUGGCCGCAACAGUGAAUGGUGGUCUUCCACCAGCCCAAGAUUCAGGGCCUGAGGGUCGUGUUGUUAGGACACGUACGGGCAGGGUUGUUAAAGCAGUAAACAGAUUGAUAGAGAAUAUGGUGCAGAAGCCGCUUUCUAAGGGUUUAGUGGACGAGUUUAUUAGGAAAUCUCAAUCCUUGUUGAAUUUGUUCUGAUAUGGCUAUAGACCCAUGGCAAUACUGUAGUUUUGUACUUUGUUUGGCAGUGACAUGUUCACGACAGUGGUAUUUAGUGCCAAGAUCUUAUGUGGAGUAAAAGGCUCUACAUUUACUAGGAGAAACAGCAGCCUGAUCAACUCCUGUUCUCUCUUAGCUUAUUUAGUAAGUAGCUUUCUAUGCUGUAUUAAGGACUGUGAUUGCAGAGGUCAUCUUGGUUUGGGUAUGUGUGAACAUUGUAUCCCGUGAUAUGGGUUGAUUUAUUGCAUGCUGUUAUCUUCAAAUGUUUAGGAUUUUGGCGAAAUUAAGGAGGGGUGAAUGUAACGGAAAAAAAUGCGGAAAAAAAACAUGUAUUAUCAUGCCUGUAAUGUUUUUGUUUAUGGGUUAAUUUCUCCAAAAUCCCUACUUUGUGAUUUGUUUUGGUUUCUUCUUAAGUUAUAAUUUAACAUUUGUAACUUUAUUUUCGUAUUUCCUUUGCCAUGGUAUGAGCUUUUAUUUUGAAGGCUCAGGGGAUGUCAUACUGUUGCUCACAUCGUCAGUCAGUCCAUGUUUGUGCUGGCUGACAGGUACGUUGGUGUGGGAGCAACUAAGUUUUGUAAUAACAUUUCAGUGGUUAAAAUAUUGCUUUAUAUUAACCUAAUGGGACCUAUGUUGUUACUUAUUUAUGUUUCUUUAAUAAUAUGUCAUGUAGUGUGGUUUUGGGGGUGUUUUUGACUGUGGGAGAGCAAGCUAACUAACUAGCUAACAGCCACGUUUUUCUCUCUUAUUGUGCUGAAUGUGCCUUGUUCUUGUACAGACCCGUUGCUGUUGAGCUCACGUGCAUGUCCUCAUUGUAUAUUGGUUUGGUUUGGUUUGGUUUGGUUUAGUUUAUUUGAACAUGAAGGUUACAAUGGAAUACAUCUCGUGAAUCAUUCUUUGACAGUUCCACAUGUCCAAAAGGAGUAGGAAGAAGCAAAGCUUAUUUAAUCCUACCCCCCAUCCAUUCUACAUCUAGUACAGUACAUGUAGUUCACUUCCUGGAUUCCAUGUCAUGUUUUCAGUGAUAGUCAGGAUAACACAUAAUAGAUAACGGUGAGAUAGCCCUCCCCCCAAAAAAAGAAAGAACAUUCAUAAUAAUGAUAAUAAUGAUGACAAUACUAAAUAAAUAAG